UACAGAUGUGCCAUCGAGAUCGGCAUCUUCAUCAAGGAAAAUCACGUUCAACGCUGGAUCUGAACAAAUACUGAAGUUUUCACCUUGCGAUCCAAGCGUGUAAGGAAGCACGACCCAGACCCCCACUUGAGCACCCCAGGGUGUUGCAAAAGCUUGGGCGUCCAAGAUGAAUGAACACCCCGAGGCUCCUUCGCCGAAACGUCAGAGAGCAAGUCGAGCAGGCCAGGCCAAAAGAUUUGAAUGUGCGCAUCCUGGCUGCGAUAAAAGAUACUCAAGAGCCGAGCAUUUACACAGGCACGAGCUCAACCACAACCCGAAAGAAGUCUAUCGUUGCGAGGUAGCAGGCUGUGGUCAUUCCUUUGUGCGACCUGAUCUGUUCAUCAGGCACAAGAAUCGACACAAUGAGACUGCAUCCAGUCGAGCUGCUUCAGUAACACCAGGCACUCCUACCACUGCUGAAUCCAAGAUCGGAUUCGAAGCUCCGAUGCAAGAGCCCGUGAGCGCCUCGGAGUAUGGUGUCAGUCGGCAGGAUAGUCAAGAAUCUAUUGAAGAUGCGAGGCUAGCUGCCGCCACGAGUCUAAGCUCCUUGACAACGUGGGCUGCUGCGAAUAGACCACCGCUGCCUACACCAGAUCCUACUUUGAUGAGUACGGAGACACCUUCCGUAGCGGGUCUGACUGGAAUACUGUCUCAGGCAGCUCCGUCGCCGCUUGCGGCACCCUCGAUGAACACCUGGAAUUCAACAGUCGACACGGCUGCCCAGGCGAGCGACAACUUCGCAGCCUGGCUGUUUGAAAGCCCAGGCUCACAGUAUGAUGACUUUAACAUAGCUAACAUGCCAUUCUUGGACUUCGGCUUGGAAUACUCUCCAAAAGACGUCUGGAAUCUCGAAGAUUACGCAUCGACGUCCGAGCCACCGGGGAGUGUCGCAAACCAUGCGACUCCCAGUAGUCUCAGAGACAAUCCUGCAGCAGGUACAACUACACGUGGUGUGUCAGAAGAAAGGCGGGCGGAUGUUCUACGCAUACUGUCACACUUCCUGACGAAACAGCGCAAUCGAUUGUAUGCCGCAUCGGAUCAAACGAGACUGCUAUACAACCCCGACGCACAGAAUUUCCCUAACCUUAGUGUUGGUGUUCUGGACAGGUUUGUCGCCAACUAUUGGGCCAAUGUGGAUCAGCAAAUGUCAGUUGUGCAUCAACCGACGUUCUCACCCAACUCUUGCAACGUUCUCUUGCUUGUGACCAUUAUUAUGCUGGGUGCGGCGGACAUGGUAAAACAGAAACCGAAAGGCUUACUUGAGGACCAUCAAGAGUUCUCCGAAGUCAUCGCGACACAGCUGCGCUGGGAGAUCUUCACGGAUCCUGAAGCUCAGCCGCCCGUUCAGCUCUGGGCCGCGCAGGCACUCCUGUUGCUCGAGUACUACGAGAAGCAGUGGUCAUCUAGGAAAUUGCACGAGCGUGCACACAUCCACCACGCCAGCACCUUGACAUUACUCCGUCGAGGUAGUCCUUUGAUCGGAAGGUCAGAUAGCGAAAGUCCCACCAGUGGAAUGCCGACCAGAUGUGCCAGUCCGACGGGCGACGAGCUACCUGGAAAGCCAACUGGAAGUUCGCUCGACUCAUGGUGGGUGCAUUGGGUCCGAAAUGAAUCAUUCAACAGAGUCGUCUUUACGGCCUUCCAAAUUGAUACCCUUCAUGCUUUGAUGUACGGACACGGGGCGGACAUGGCACCGUACGAGAUUCGACUGCCGCUUCCUUGCGAUGACUCGCUAUGGAGAGCAGACAGCGCCGAGGAAGUGCAUCGUUUGGACGCGAAUCUGAAAAUGUACGGAAUACGCCCAAUCAACUUUCUCGACGGACUGAAGCGUUGUCUUCACGCACACGACGUGCAGACCCAUGCUCCGGCACGCAUGCUCUUGAUGGCAGGACUGCUGUCUGUCGGCUGGCAUAUGAGCCGUCGCGAAAAGCACUUGCAGUUCCUAGAGACUGUGCCAUCAGUACGAGAGCAAGGGCGCUGGCGCUCCAUGCUGCUGCAAGCUUUCGGACAUUGGAGACAGAGCUUUGACGAUGCGGUUGGCCCACGCAAGAGUCGAAGCAGUGCUGCAAAGACCACCGACGCCAAUGCUCCGACUGUGUUAUUCCAUCUUGCGCAUCUCACGAUGCAUGCCGACAUUAUCGACAUCCAAAUCUUUUCCGGAACGAAACGACUCCUGGGCCGCAAGGUAUCAGACAAGGAUUUUCUGAACGUCUUCCAACGAAUGAAAGCAUGGCAGCCAACGCCAAUAGCCCGACAUGCGGUACUCCAUUCCUUCAAGCUUUUGGCCGCUGUCAUGAUGAACCGGCCUGGCAAGAACGGAACAAAUGAUGCUUCCAAUAUGCAGCCUUUCAUCAGCUACAGCUCUCGCAAUGAUCCCAUGAUGUAUCGGCCAUGGGGCGUGUAUCUUGCAUCACUGGUCAUCUGGGCGUACCAACGAGCGUCGAGUCUGCAUCUUUCUGGUCCUUACACGCAACAACAUCUGAUCGAAGGACAAGAUGAGCGAGAGCUUUGCUGUCGGUAUUUGACUGCGUUCUCGAAUAUCGACGAUCCGGCGCGAGUGCUCGCGAUGCUCUCUGUUUCUGGUUGUGCGGCGAUCCUCAGCGUCGUGUCGCAAGACUUGGCGAAUGGAGAACCGGAACUUUUCGAGGAAGCGGCGAAGAGGUUGCAGAGCUGUCGUGAAACCUUACUGACGGGGACUUCGGGGCGGUGAUAACAUGUACAGCAUCGACUUCGAGUCGCGGGAUGAUCGAGGACAUGUACAGAAAAUCGCGUUGCGCGAGCACACAAAUUUUCUGGCGUGUACAAGUACCUGUGCCGGGCCAUCGUGCUUCGCGUCGAGCAAGCGGUCGCAUAUUCUCACAUUUCUGCCAAUCCUGGUCGAGGAGCACACGGAGCCAGCAUUGUACAUAGACGGUCAUAACGGCGUCAAGCUGUGCCUUUCGCAAUUCGCGCGCUCCCUCUCUGUUCUGCACCUCUUUCUUUCUCCAAUUCCCAGUCUGUGUGACCAAGCUCUUGAUGAAAAAUUGAGGAAACCUGUCAGACGACCGACAGUACCCACCUACAAAAGCCGGCCGAAGCCAGACACUCGAGCAGGGCGAGAUCAUUGCCAUCGACCCAAAGGGCUGACACAUUGGCUUCACUCUUGGGCGCCGCGGUUCGACUCAUCAGCCAGGUUGGAGUCUGUAGCUUCUGUGAGAAGUACAGUUGUGGAUGUUUACUAUAGAAAUGAUUCUAUGAAGUAAACUGCGACUCCAU